AUGCGACAACACGCACUCGAGUAUGCGCCGGCAGGCUUCCAUGCGACUGGAUAUGGAAGUGGCGAUCAACGCCAGAUACAUCACCAAUCUCAGAUGCAAUUCCAAGACCCGCACCUACACACCCAUGACAUGCAUCCGAACAAGCGAAGAAAACUCGACCCGGAAAGCACGCAAAAGACGAUGAUUGCCAGAGCCCUGACCAGAGCUGAAGACACACACCGCAAGUCCAACGCCACCUGGCCGGCUGUGCCACCACCAGACAUAAACCUGCCGCAAUUCGUAAACCCUCGAGAUUUGAUGCUACAUCCGGUCAUACCCCGACCAGAGUUCUCAUGGGACAACAAGUUUCUCUUCUCUUCCAGAGACUUCGAGAAAAACGAGGUCGUGCCUCUCAGGCCAUUGGGAAGUCGUCAGCAGCCACCUCCUUCAAAUCUGCAACCGAUCCCGAAUCCACCACCAAGAAAAAAUACAAACGCUCCAUCAAAGAUCGUAGUACUGCCCGGUAUCAUCGGCAUCGAUCCAACCACUGCUAUCCCAAGCCCUUCGCCGCAAACGAUCCCAGCACUAUUUUCGAAAUCCGACGACACUGCACCACCCAGCCAAUCCCGAUUCCUCCCAGCAACAAUGCCCCUCCCAACCCGACGAGACUCAGGCGCCCAAAUCCCUUUCGACGAAAGCAAGACUCGACCAAUCCCAAGAAAUCGAAAUCCAACCCAAAGCAUCACCUCCAACACCUCCGACUCCGGCAGCAUCUACACAGACCACUCCAAAACACCACCACCACCACCAGAAUCCUCAAAUCCAAAAACACCCCCCUCAAGCCCACCACCACCACCACCAAACCCCCAACCAAAGAAGAAGAAGAACAAAAAUCCCACCACCACCCAUAACCGCCGACCCCCCACCUCCCUCCCCCCACACAUCACCUUCCAACCCGGCACAGCCCCCAUCCCUUCCGAAAUCUCCACUCUCGUCACGCACCUCAAACGUCUCCCACGAAAAAACAACAACAACAACUUCCCGCAACGCACAGCAUUACGAAAAUUCUCCGACUUCGAUUCGAGGUAUGGGGUGUUGAAGAGGAGUUCGAUACUGUGGAAGGAGUGGUGGGAGUGGGAGUGA